CUCAUAAUCUCGUUACUCACUACUAGUACUCCCCAUUCUGGCUGAUAUCAUCACCCUGCUUUCCUUCGGCAUCCAGCUAUGGGCUCUUGCGCCCCGAUCGCCUUGCCCGAGACGGAGGUCGUGUCGCUGUCGCCGCGGACGCUGCUGGAGCUGGAGCCGGUCCGGCGGGCGCGGCGGCAAAGCCUGCCGUGUAAGCUGCAGAAGAAAGAUGCGGCGGCACGGCGGCCGCGGAAGAAGCAAGUGUUCGUGUGCCCCGAGCCCAGCUGCCCGCACCACCACCCCUCCCACGCCCUUGCCGGCCGCGCCGGCAUCAGGAAGCACUUCCGCCGCAAGCACGGCGGCCACCGCCAGUGGGCCUGCGCCCGCUGCUCCAAGGCCUACGCCGUUUUCGCCGACAACGAGGCCCACGCCAAGACCUGCGGCACCCGCACCGGCGACACCUGCUGCCAACACUGCGGCCGCGUCUUCACCCGGGUGUAUAGGUUCGUGGAGCACCAGGACACGUGCAGCGCCGGUCGCCCGCAGGCAGAAGUGGCAGACGGGUCGUCGGCGCCGGUCUGCGGAGUAGCUGCGGCCGCCGUGUCGUCGCCGUCGCAGCAGCAAGCGCCGACGGCGAGCUCGCCGCGCCGGUCCAGCCAGUCCGUGAACAUCGCCACCAGCGCCGUUGCAGUGCGCAGCCCGGCCGCCCCCGUGUUCCACCGGUUCUUCCACGAGGGCCCGACGCCGCCGUCCGGGACCCUUGGCGGCGGGCCACUCAACCUCGAGCUGCAGCUCAGGCCGCCGUCGUGCUACGCGGCGGCGACCCGUUCACCGCAGGUUCCCAUCUCGCGGCCACAACACGAGGUCGCUACGGAACUGCGGCUUUCCAUGGGCGAGGCAGUAGGCCAGGAAUAG